AGGAAUAACCACUGUCAGAUAUGUUCAUAUUCUGGCACUAUCUCGCGUUCACACUACAACGUGACAAAGAGGGAGAGAGAGAGCGCGCGCGCGCGGGAGAGAGAGAGGCCGUUAGUUAUCUGCAAGGAGUUGAAAAUCAAGGAAGAGAGGAAAAACCCAGGUAAGAAAAGCAAGACAGAGAAACGAAUUAAGAUACAGUAAGAGCGAGGAGCAACGAAUCUGUACUAUACCACCAAACAUAAGAAGUCGGUUUAAUCUGGAGGCGUGAAAGGGUUGUUGGCGACAAUUCUUGCUGCCGUAAGAGAGCAAUGGGAGCUGUAAAAUUCAUCUCAAAAACAGAAUACUCGCCGGAUUUCGACCUCUAAAAGCUCAGAUCGCUAGUGGGAAAUGGUUAUCGGAACAAGAUGGACUAGCCGGAGCCUUUGAAUUCAUGUUAAUGUUACCCAGCAGUCUUAUUUUAUGUUUUUUCUCACACAUUACGAGCAAAUGAUGUGCAGAAGACUUGCUCUUGGUGUUGAUCGAUUUGAAGCGAAGUAUGUCUUUUAUGUAAAAAUACUUGGCUCCGGAUGUUGCGAACUUGAAACUGGGAUGAGCUGGAAAAGGACAUGAACAUGGAAAAGCAAAAGACAACGGAAAUGAUAAAGCUGAAGCCCUAUGAUUUAACUAGUUGAGUCCCUUUGUUCACUGGUCCGAAUGUAAAAGAAAGUCCAAGUGCGAGAGUUCAAUCUGCAAUUUGAAGCAGCCGGUAAUUCGGCUUGAGUUGAGAGCAUGGUUUCAGAUUUUGACAAUAAUUGGUUGCGCUUCUGAUGCAUAGCAUCAUUAUCAUCAUCAAUUAUGGAACCUGAAUUGUCUGGAUUCUGAGAAAUUGCACCUGCUUGUACUUUAUGCAUGUCUGGCCCUCUGGCCCAUGCUGAUGAUGAUAAUGGAGUAUGUUCCUAUUCUUGGCAAAGACAUUGUCCUCAAGGUACAAGUUCUUUUGAUGAUAGAGAACAUUCUCCCAUGCAGUUUGAUGAUCGGGAAUCCCCAUGUAUUGGAUCCAGUAUUAGUGGGGUUCAGAAAGUGGUAAUUCCAAGUGGGGAUCUGUAUUAUGGAUCUAUUCUGGACAGAAUGCCACAAGGCUUUGGUAAGUAUUUUUGGUGUAAUGGCUGCAUUUAUGAGGGUGAAUGGAGCAGAGGAUUGAUAUCUGGACAUGGUAGGAUUACAUGGCCUUCUGGAGCAAUUUAUGAAGGGGAACUAUUUGGUGGUUAUAUGCAUGGCAGUGGAGCAUAUACUGGAUCCAAUAAAGCCUCAUACAAAGGUGGAUGGCAUUUUAGUAUCAAGCAUGGAUCUGGCAGAAAAAGAUUUUCAAAUGGAGAUGUCUUUGAGGGUUGUUGGGUUGAAGGUGUAAUAGAAGGGCCUGGAAAGUAUGUAUGGGCUAAUGGAAAUGUUUAUAUCGGUAACAUGAAAGGUGGAAAGAUGUCCGGGAGAGGUAUCCUUACUUGGACAAAUGGAGAUUCUUUUGAAGGAAACUGGAUGGAUGGCAUGAUUCAUGGCUUUGGGGUCUAUACUUGGGCAGAAGGUGGCUGCUAUGUUGGAACAUGGACAAGGGGGUUGAAAGAUGGGCAAGGAACAUUUUAUCCUAAGGGUGGAAUGCUUCCUGCAGUACAAGAUCUCUACCUUAAUGCUUUAAGAAAAGGUGGUCUGUUGUCAAAUUUGACAAAGCAGCCCCACAGUCCACAUAGUCAUCAUGCUUCUUCUGCAGCCAUGGGAAACUUCAAGCCUCAGAAGCCCCCUAGACGUUGUCAGAGUUCACCCACUAACCUUCCCAAAGAUCUUGACAACUCCAGAAACAUGUCUUUGGAACGACACUGGAGUCUUGAAGCUGCAAUUGAAAAGAUGGUUGGUCGAGAUGCAUCAACUGCGACAGAAACCAUUGCAGAGGAAAGCGAGGAGGACAUGGAUCUGAAUGUACCUGUUGUGGAAAGGGAGUACAUGCAAGGUGUUCUCAUUAGUGAGCUGGUAACCAACAAUGCUGUAAUGUCUUUAACCAGGAGCGCCAAGAAGAGACAGAGGAAACUUGCAAAGGAGAUCAAAAGACCUGGUGAAACCAUCAUUAAAGGCCAUAGAAGUUAUGAUCUGAUGCUCAACCUUCAGCUUGGGAUCAGAUACACUGUGGGAAAGAUCACACCCAUACAAAGAAGGGAGGUUCGAGCAUCUGAUUUUGGUUCUCGAGCAUGCUUUUGGAUGAAUUUUCCUAGAGAAGGUUCCCAACUGACACCUUCUCAUCACUCAGUUGAUUUUAAGUGGAAAGAUUAUUGUCCAAUGGUCUUUAGGAAUCUGCGUGAGAUGUUCAAAAUAGAUGCAGCAGAUUAUAUGAUGUCUAUUUGUGGAAGUGAUGCACUUAGAGAGCUUUCUUCUCCUGGAAAGAGUGGGAGUGUAUUUUUUCUUUCUCAAGAUGACAGAUUUAUUAUUAAAACCCUUCGAAAAUCUGAAGUUCAGGUUCUUUUGCGGAUGCUUCCAGACUAUCACCAUCAUGUGCAUAGACAUGAUAAUACUCUUAUAACAAAAUUUUUUGGGCUUCACAGAAUCAAAACUGGUGGCCAGAAGUUUAGGUUUGUCGUUAUGGGCAACAUGUUUUGCACAGAACUGAGAAUCCAUAGAAGGUUUGAUUUGAAAGGUUCAUCCCAAGGGCGUUCCACAAACAAAAUAGAAAUUGAUGAGAAUACCACUCUCAAAGAUUUGGAUCUGAACUAUCAAGUUUAUCUGGAGCCCUCUUGGCGUAAGGAGUUGCUACAGCAAAUAGAUCUUGAUUGCAAAUUCUUGGAAAGCCAAAGGAUCAUGGAUUAUAGUCUUUUACUAGGUGUACACUACAGAGCUCCGCAAUAUCUACAGUCAUUCAUAAAUGACCAGGAAGCUGAUGGACCAGGAGGAUUUUGUAAACCUUCUCAAGAUGGUAGAUUACCUUCACUUAAUAAAGCAGCUGCACAUGAAGAUGAAAUUUCUGCCUGCCCACAAGGCCUUCUUUUGGUUGCAAGGGGACCUCAUGAGAAUGGUGCUGUAUUCGGCCCUCACAUGAGAGGUAGUAGGCUACGAGCAUCUGCUGCUGGCAAUGAGGAAGUGGAUCUUAUCCUGCCUGACAAUCCAAGGUUGCACAUCCAGCUUGGUGUGAAUAUGCCUGCUAGAGCACAACGUAUUAGCAAGCAAGACAAAAAUGACUUGUUCCAUGAGGUGUAUGAUGUUGUUAUCUGUCUUGGCAUCAUUGACAUAUUGCAAGCGUACAACAUGAAGAAAAAAUUGGAGCAUGCCGUCAAAUCACUUCAAUUUGAUUCCUGCUCCAUCUCAGCUGUGGACCCCAAGCUUUACGCUGCCCGUUUUAAAAAAUUUAUUGAAUAUGUAUUUCCUACAAAUCCAUGAGAACAAAACCAUCUUGAAAUUGUUUUCCGUAAGAUUCGUUUAUCUAGUUCAGGGACAUUUUCGAACCAUCUAAAUGGUUCCAGCUGUGAGUUCCUGGAAUGAUCUGAUAAUAAACGAGAGCAUAUAACAACACAUAUACCCUUGGUCUUCUAUCAUGUUGUUGACAUGCAGUGCAUCUAUUGUCAACUUUAGAAUCAGCAGCUUAUUGUGAACACUCAGUUAACCGUUCCUGCGCAUAUAGUGCUUUCUCUUUCCUGAA